AUGCAGCAGCCCUCCCUCCAGAACACCCGCAUCCGCUCCACCAGAGACGCCCUCCACGUCUUCUACGCCGUCGCCCGCAACAUACUCCCCCUCAUCACACGUCGCCUCGACGCAGAGGAACGACGGGCCAUCAUACCAGGCAACGUCUAUGUCUGGGAAGAGCGCAGUGCCAACUCGGAAGCCACCGGUCUCGGCAUGGAACGCUGGACGGAUGGUAUGGGAUGGGGUCCAAGCCGCGUUCGCGACGAAUUUCUGUUUUACCAUCAAAAAGAGUGCGACGUCAACGACCGGGCGAGCAACAUCGAAGUCCCAUGGGCACAGAUGAUCAGCAUGUAUCCAUCUCCUCGCUCACGCUCGGGGAACGACGCCGAACGUCUCAUCAAACAGACAUACAGUGUCCGUGUCACCCUUCCUGAAGACCGUCCUCGAAACCAGUCCCGCAAGUGGCAUCUCACUGCAUACUUUAGCCAACAAGGACUCGACCGCCUCCGUACGGUUGACCAACUACACGGUGUUGGAGACGUGCCCGUUCCCGAAGGCUGGUUCCGCAGCGCUCGUGCC